UAUGAAGAAAAAAGUUCAAAUAACGAUGUGAAAUAUUAUUUCUAGCUAUAAAUACAUCUCCUUUUACCACUUGUUCCCCAUCAUGACCUUUUCCUACAACAAUAAAAUGAGGCAUUUUGAAUUCAUAGUUUUUUCUUUACUAUUUUCUUCACCUUUGCUGACUGCCUCCGCAGAGCAAUGUGGUGUGCAGGCAGGAGGUGCGCUUUGUGCCGCGGGACUGUGUUGCAGCAAAUUUGGGUGGUGUGGUUACACUGAUGCCCAUUGUGCUCCCGGCAAUUGUCAAAGCCAGUGUCGUGACAGCCCCGAACCUUCUGGGGACCUUAGCGGUGUCAUCUCAAAUUCCAUGUUUGAUCAGAUGCUGAAUCAUCGCAACGAUAAUACUUGUCAAGGAAAAAAUAAUUUCUAUAGCUACAAUGCAUUUAUUAGUGCUGCCAAGUCAUUUCCUGGCUUUGGCACCUCUGGUGAUACCACUGCUCGUAAAAGGGAAAUUGCUGCCUUCUUUGCCCAAACCUCUCAUGAAACUACUGGAGGAUGGCCUACGGCACCAGAUGGACCCUACGCAUGGGGUUACUGCUUCCUUAGAGAACAGGGAAGCCCGGGCGAUUACUGUACACCAAGUAGUCAAUGGCCUUGUGCUCCUGGAAGGAAAUAUUUCGGACGAGGCCCAAUUCAAAUUUCACACAACUACAACUAUGGGCCAUGUGGAAGAGCCAUUGGAGUGGACCUUUUAAACAAUCCUGACUUAGUAGCAACAGACCCAAGCAUCUCAUUCAAAUCAGCUAUAUGGUUCUGGAUGACCCCUCAAUCACCAAAGCCUUCUUGUCAUGAUGUCAUCACUGGAAGAUGGCAACCAUCUAAUGUUGACCAAGCAGCUAAUCGCCUCCCUGGAUUCGGUGUCAUCACAAACAUCAUCAACGGUGGCCUGGAAUGUGGUCAUGGGAAUGAUAACAGGGUUCAGGAUCGAAUUGGAUUUUAUAGGAGAUAUUGUGAAAUUCUUGGAGUUAGUCCUGGUAACAAUCUCGAUUGUGGCAGCCAGCGGUCCUUUGGAAACGGACUCUUAGUCGAUACUAUGUAACAACUUCAUCCCUUGUUUUGUUGUAUUCUCUUGUAACCUAUAAUGUCUCAGCUAUAAAUAAAUUGUGAUAAUAGUCUGAAUGUCUGAUGGGACCUGACUAUAACUGCUUGUAAUAAUAAACAAAGACACUUGCCACCAAAA